AAAAAGGAUGCAAAAUAAAAGGAAGGUUGUUUCUCGAGGGUGCAAAAUAUUGGGUUCGUCACUAAAUUAUUGAAACUUGAGGGGCAAACUGAAAAUCUCACAUUCUCCCUCAUUAUAUUAUCGUAAGAUCUCUCUCAAAUCACAAAUUCUUUGGCUAUUUGUUUGCGAAAUAUUGUAUCAAUAGAUUUGGCGAACUCUACCCUAACCCUAAAUCUGCAUCUCUUCCGCAAUCAAGAUUUCAUCGUUUUACCUCAACCCUAAUUCGGUCGUUAACCCUAAUUCCAACGACUAUGACCGGUGAUUCGAUUGAACCAACGCGUCGUAAGCACCACCGAUCCUCCUCCACCGACGACGCGGAGGAGCGAUCGAAACGCCGCAAACAUCGCCAUCACCACCGGCAUCGCCAUCACCACCGCCACCGGAGCAGCAAAGAGAAGGAAGAAAUAACCGAGAGGGAAGAAUUGGAAGGUGAUAGAAUCGAUGAUGCUGAGGUUGAAGAAAAGAAAUUAGAAAGUACCACCGAGGAUGGUGGAGGUUCUUCGGGCGAAGUUCCAGUGAAGCAUAAAUCUGAUUUCGCCGGUUUGGAUUAUGAGAUGGAGGAAGGCGAGAUAGUGGAGGAUGAUGGUUUGGUCGAUUUUGUUAAUGAGGAUUCUGACAAGUUCAAGAAGAAUUCGCAAUCGGAUGUUGAGUUUGGGGAAAUUAAGACGAACGGAUGUGAUGAUUUUAACAUGGGAGUCAAUGAAGAUAGUCUGGAAACAGUUGAUAAAAAAUUACAGAAUUUGGGGAGGGACAAAACAGAUAGCAAAGAAAGUGGUGAGAUAGAUCAGGAGAGAUUAUCUAAUUCUGUGGGUCUUGCGAAUGGGGGUUAUGAAAAUAAAUAUCAGGAAGUGAAUAGUACGCACCUCUCUAAAGUUGAUAAGCCGAAUUGCAACUUUGUUGAUGAAGUUGAUCGAACAAGCUUGAGGAAAUCUUCAUCUUCUGAGAAAGUGCCUGGGGGCGGAUCUCACUCUCAUGAAAAUCACCUGAAAGAGAGAUCAUAUAAUAACCUGUUGAAGUCACCUGAUUUGUCUAGGGGAAGGUCUCGGUCCCGAAGUAUUGUACGUGAAGCUUCCCUGGAGGUCCCCUAUUUUAGGGAGAGGAAACACCGCAGUGUGUCUGAUGAUGAACAGGCUGCGAGAGAUUCCAAAGGGUACAGACACAGCAGUAGGGACAUCAGGGACAAAGAACGGGAGCGUAGUUCUAGCAGCAGAUAUACGGAGAGAGUAGAAAGGCAUUACAGUACUCGGGACACAUACAGGGAGGGCAGCAGGGAGAGGGAUUGGGAUAGAGAUAGAAAUAGAGACAAAGAAAGGAAGGAUGAAGAGAUGGGAAGGGAAAGAGAAAGAAACAGGCUUCGAGACAGAUAUCGAGGAGAGAAAGAACAAGAUAUGCGGGAGAAUGAUAGAGACUGGGAAAGGGAGAGGGGAAGAGAUCGGGGGAGUGGGAGGGAGAGGGAGAGAGACAGAGAUCGCGUUAGAGAAGACCAGAUCAGGGAUCGGGAGAGAGAUAGACAAGGGGUUAGAGAUGGCAGAAGGGCUAGAAGUAGAGAUAAAAAUAGGGAUAAUGAUGUUGAUCGAUUAAGCAGACGCCAGAAAUAUGACAAGGAUGAAGAUGCUCAUAGAGAUAGGGUUAAUGAAACCAGGCACAGAAGAAACUAUGAAGAUUACCAUACAGAGAAUAUGAGGAGAAGUGAUUUUGAAAAUGAGAGAUCUAACAAUAAACAGGGCAACGAGAAGUUGGAGAGAGAAGAUGACCGGCAAGAGGACUAUCAAGAAAAGAUCGCAGUGCAACUUGCUGAGCAGGAGGAGGAUGAUCUUGAGAGAAUCAAGGAGGAAAGUAGGAGGCGAAGGCAAGCUAUCCUCGAAAAGUACAAAAACAAGCAGCAAAAACCUGAAACCCAUUUACAAGUAGUGGAUGCAGUUGGAGAGUCUCCAUCACAAGUGGCAUCUGCUGAAGUUCUACCUGAAAACUCUGACAAUCAGACUGAAGGAGUAGAUGAUUAUGUUCCUGAACCGUCCUUUGCUGUGGGGAAAUCACCUUCGCAAAAUGGUCUUUCCACUGUUGAGAUGCCCACUGGAACUGGAGGGCUAGGAGAGGGUACGCCUAAGAGUGAGAGAUCCAAUGAUAUGUUUCGUGAUGAUAUAUUUGGAGAAUCACCUGCUGGAGUUCGUAAAAUGGGUAAAGGGGAUGGUAUAGCUGUUGAAAAGAGUGGACUAAAUGACAAUUGGGAUGAUGCCGAAGGUUACUAUGGCUACCGUUUUGGGGAAGUACUUGAUGGCCGUUAUGAGAUAAUAGCUGCCCAUGGAAAAGGUGUAUUUUCAACUGUUGUUCGAGCAAAGGAUCUAAAGGCUAAGCCUGGUGAUACUGAAGAAGUAGCAAUCAAAAUUAUACGUAAUAAUGAAACAAUGUACAAGGCAGGUAUGGAAGAGUUGGUCAUUCUAAAGAAGUUAGUUGGUGCGGACCCUGAGAGCAAGCGCCAUUGUGUUCGUUUUCUUUCUACCUUCAAGUACCGGAAUCAUCUAUGCUUAGUUUUUGAAUCACUUCAUAUGAAUUUACGAGAAGUUCUGAAGAAAUUUGGUCGUAAUAUUGGUCUGAAGCUUACAGCUGUGAGGGCAUAUGCUAAGCAACUAUUCAUUGCAUUGAAACAUUUGAAAAAUUGUGGUGUUCUUCAUUGUGAUAUCAAACCAGAUAAUAUGCUGGUGAAUGAAGCAAAAAACGUGUUGAAGCUUUGUGACUUCGGUAAUGCCAUGUUUGCUGGUAAAAAUGAAAUUACGCCCUAUCUUGUUAGCCGUUUUUAUCGUGCCCCUGAGAUAAUUCUAGGACUAUCAUAUGACCAUCCUAUGGAUAUUUGGUCAGUUGGCUGCUGUCUGUUUGAGCUUUACACUGGGAAGGUCCUAUUUCCUGGUCCUACUAACAAUGACAUGCUUCGUCUUCACAUGGAAUUGAAAGGUCCUUUCCCAAAGAAGAUGCUCCGUAAGGGAGCAUUUACUGAUCAGCACUUUGACCAGGAUUUAAAUUUUCUUGCAACAGAUGAGGACCCAGUCUCGAAAAAGCCAAUAAGGAGACUGAUUGUGAAUAUCAAGCCAAAAGACUUUGGCACAUUAAUUUCAGGAUCUCCUGGUGAGGAUCCGAAAAUGGUCGCUAAUUUUAGAGAUCUUAUGGAAAAGAUAUUUGUCUUGGAUCCAGAUAAGAGGUUGAAUGUAUCACAGGCCUUGGGCCAUCCUUUCAUCACGGGCAAGUGAACCAUGAUGCUGAUUUCUGACUACAGAACUGCUGUUGCAUUAGAUACUUAUGCAUUUUGGUCUCGUCUCAAUACUGAAUUAUCUAAUUGGACAUUUAUCUGUCUUUGUCUUCUGUCUGGGAGCAAGAAUUCAGGAGACGGUGAAUGGGGCAUGGUUGAAGUUCUUAGAGAUGAUCUUGGGGAAGGCAGUUAUCGUGGAGUUCUUUCCAUGGAUUGUUUUCUGUUUCUAUUGACCCUUCAUAUGCUAUGAGGAAACUGUUCAGUGGUUUAGAUGAUUAAAGGCACUCUGGAGAAGGUACCUUGGUUUGUCUCUUAGGAGUUUAUGUGGUGCCUUUGAGAACUAACCCAUUUGAAUAUGAAUUACCUUAAUGAUUUUUAUUAUUUGCAUUGGUUUGGAUAGUCCCCGUUUAAGAUAUGUAGAGUUCAUGAGUGGUAAAUUUGACUGCCUUGUGGUCUUGUACGUUCAAAAUGUCUCAGAACCGUAAGGUAUUGCAUACAAGAAAACCAUAUAUGCCCAUCUCUGUGACACGUCUAUUAGUGUCUCAAAGUUCUGAUGAAUGCUCGCUAUUAAAUUAUUUUUUGGUCCACUGUGCUUUUUUGUUGCACCAUAUGUUCCUUGAGUUGACAUUACGGAGUGCUUUUUGGUUGCUUUUGCUUUAGAAUUUUAAAAUUAUGCACCUUGAGGUUGUCAUAUAUCUGAUCCAUGGUUUGGUUGUUCUGGAGGACUGUAUGCCUGGAGAUAUGUUUGGAUGCUGCUCUGAAGUAUGAAAUAACUCAAGGUUGAGCAUCUCCCCUUGACACUGGUGAGUGACCUCUGUGUUGCCUAUUGUUUUCGGUCUCUACUUUUUUUUGCUGAUAAUCAGUUUUGUGAUGUCCCUGGCAUCAUGCCCAUCUAUUUAUUCGAUUUCUUUCAAAUGACUGCCCAGUUGGUUUUGACUUUUUUGAUUGACAAUCCUUGUGAUUUCACUUUCAUUGAACUUUGGAUAGUAUUCUUGUUUUGGGCACUAAUACAUUUCCCAGGAGUUCUUGAUUUUUGAUAGGUAAGAAACUUGUACUCUUGGCAUAAUAUCUCAAUUUUGACUAGAUUACCUUGAUGACAGUCAUUAGGAAAUUUGAUGGGAUAGACAGCUUCUUAGAAACUCUUUUAUCUCCCCCAGCUCCACAAUUGAAAAAGAUAAUCUGAAUCAGCUUAUAAUCAUUUUGCAAGUGUAUGCAAACCAUCGUCUAUCAUUGGUAUUUUAUUGGGGAUUCUUUUUAAAUUUUAAUGUUUUGUUUUCAAUGAAAAUAUUAGUUGCAUGUCUAUCAUGUGAAGUGCAAUGAUGCUAAGGUGGGUGUGUAAAUCUUAAAUACUGCGAAGUUGCUGUGUGCUUGAAUAAACCGCCUAAUCCCCAAAAUUCAAUUUCGAUCGCCAUUUUCUGGAGAUUAGGUGAAACAUGUGAUUUCUCUCUCUCCCCCCCCUUCCCCCCCCCCCAAAAAAAAAAAAAAUUAAAAAAUAAAAAUGAAAGAACAAAGAUGACAGAAUUCUCCUGCUGGGAGCUCACAAGCGGUGAGGCUGCAUUCUCUUGUUUCAUUGGUGGAUCAACUAAUGGAGAGAGGCUAAAUCUGUUGUUGAAGCAGUGAUUCCAUGUUACUUAUUUGACUUGACGAAUAACAUGUGCUACCUUUUUAGAUUUCUUCCUUCUAUGUAACUUCUCUUUCUAUAACUGUUCAUUUUAAUAUUAUUGGGUAAUGUUCUGCAAUUGUUGAGUAAUGCAAGCUGUGUCAUAGAGGAAUAAUGGUAUUUGGUACAGAGUUGUCAAGUACAAUUUACAUUUUGUUCA